AACAUUGCUAGAAUUAGGAGCCUCAUUUGUCAGAGUGAUGCUGAACCAUGACCCCAUCAUUAGCUCCAUCCAGGCUGGACGACUGUAACUCCCUACACACACUUUAUCCAAUGACUCUCUGCAAGCUGCAGCCACUGGACUCAGGAACAGAGAUCACAUUUCUCCUUCAUUCACUUCUCUGCAUCUCCUCACUUCUCUCAGCUCCAUCUUGUCUUGUAGACCUCACAGCUCCUUAUCUUCUCUCUCAGAACUGGUCUACGGGUGGUUCUACAGGUUCUACCUGAAGAAUUGGAGGCAGAGCGUGUAGCUGCCAAGCUCCUCUGUGGAACCAACCCACCUUUAAGACCACACUUAAAACUUUCCUUCUAGUCAGAGAUGCCAAAAUAUAAUUAAAUGUUAAGAAAAUAUUUCUAUCUUUAAAUAAAUGUCCACAUUUACAUCAUUUAUAUUUAUCCAUAUAUACAUCCAUCCAUCCAUUUGCAGCAGUCUAAGCAAGGAACUCCAGACUUCCCUCUCCCCUAACACUUCCUCCAGCUCUUCUGCUGUGACCCCAAGGCGUUUCCAGGCCAGCCGAGAGACAUAGUCUCUCCAGCGUGUCCUUGGUCCCCCGGGGCCUCCUAUCAGUGGGACAUGCCUGGAACACCUCCGUAGGAAGACGUCCACGAGGCAUCAGGAACAGAUGUCUGAGUCACCUCAGCUGGCUCCUCCUGAUGUGGAGGAGCAGGGACUCCGAGCUCCUCCCGCGUCACAGAGCUCCUCACCUAUCUCUAAGGAAGCGACAGCCACCCUGCGGAGGAAGCUCAUUUCGGCCGUUGCAUCAGCGAUCUUGCUCUUUCGGUCAUGACCCAUAGGUGUUAUUUUCAAGUUCCUUCCUUCCCUCUAGUGAACAAGAACCCAAUAUACUUGAACUGCUCCACUCAGUGCAAGAGCUGUUCUCUAACAAACUAAACUACCUUUCUUCAAUCGAGAACCAUGGCCCAUUAAUUAUUUGUGAAUUGGUUUUAUAGAAAUAAAUAGUAUGCACAGCCAAAUCAGCACAUUCAUUUCAGAGCUCCUACUUCUACUUAGUAUGUUUGCCAUCAGCAUUGGUGGCUUUUCUAAAAACCAGCAGACACACAGAGAACUGACACAACAGUGUUGAAAACAUGCCACAUCCAAGGCAAAUAUUUUUGUAUUCUCAACUCUCUGUCUUUCCGGGAAAUGAUGACAUCUGUGAUAAAAGGUGUUAAACAUCAACUCAUUUCCUUUUAAACAUAUAUGCCCCCCCCCACACACACACACACAUGCGUGCACACACACACACCCUUUAUGUGACAGGAACUGAACUGUGUUAGGUGCUUUGUGUUGAUAAUCAUAGUUUUGUGGUCCAGCACAGUUUAAUCACUUUAACUUUGGUUGGUCUAAAAGGGAUUCACUUAAAUUAUAAAUGAAGUUUAAAAACAGCUUCAUUCGAAUCAACCCUCUGCACAGACACUUCCUGAUGAAACCAGACAAGGUGCAUUGAUUCAUGAGUGACAGCCUUCAAACGUACCUUUAAUCAGUUACCAAACCACCUUUCAUUUUAUUCCCUGACUGAUUAUUUUUUUCAUGCAAUAAACAUCAUAACAACUUUGCAAUUAAUGCUCCAUUAACGUCAUCCCCUAGAAACUGCUUGAUCUCAUCUGAGUAGUAUCAAUAGUAACUUAACUGAAACCUAAUGACUGAGAUCUUUCUCUGUUCUUUAACAAAAUAACAGGUACAGUAUGAAAAUGUCACAAUGUUAAGAAAAGGGUUAAUUAAAAGCUUUAAAAAACGUCUUAAUUGUUCCAUAUUUAUUCAUUUGAUCAGUUACUGUCAGGUUCAGAGUUGAUUGAAGUGAUUGUGAAACCGAACACACAGACGGGGGCUUUGUUUAAAAUACUCGAGCUCCGUCAGCUGCGCUCACUCUGCUUCCUUUUCGUCCUGCAGCUGCGUCCUAACAAGCCGUCGCCAUGAGUGAUGAAGAAGCCUAUUACAGAGACCUCCUGUUGUUCCUCAACUACACUGAUGAUACCACUGACUCAACCAAUGUGGUCAGUGGACCUGCCAAGCUCUGCUCAAAGUUCUCAGUGAAUGAGUUUGGUGCCAAGUUCAUCCCAGUUUUCUAUUAUGUCAACUUCCUGCUCAGUUACCUUGGCAACGGACUUGUGCUGUUCAUAAUCUACAAAUUUGAGAAGCUCAACACAGUGACCAACAUCUUCCUUCUGAAUCUGGUUCUGUCCAACAUUCUCUUUGCCUCCAGUCUCCCCUUCUGGGCCACUUACCACCUGUCCGAGUGGAUUUUUGGCUCAGUUAUGUGUAAGCUGGUCAGCAGCGCCUACUUCAUCGGCUUCUACAGCUCCAUCCUCUUCCUCACCCUCAUGACGUUCGACCGGUACCUGGCGGUGGUGCAUGCGGUGACUGCUGCCAGGAGCAGGAAAAAGGGCUAUGCCAUCGUUGCAUCCGUGGUGGUGUGGUGCGUCAGUGUCGUGGCCAGUGUGAAGGAGCUGAUUUUCCAAAAUGUAUGGAAGGCGCCGUACACCGGCUGGGUGUGUGAGGAGUCAGGGUACUCCAAGAGCACCUUGCAGCACUGGCGUCUGGUCAGCUACUACCAGCAGUUCCUGCUCUUCUUCCUCCUGCCGCUAUUCAUGGUGAUGUACUGCUACAUCAGCAUCACCGUUCGCAUCAUGUCCACACGCAUGAAGGAGAAGUGCCGCAGCAUCAAGCUCAUAUUCGUCAUCAUCUUCACCUUCUUCGCCUGCUGGACACCUUACAACAUCGUCAUCCUGCUGCGAGCCAUGCAGUCCUCCAGGACGGAGGACACGCCGUGCGAAGACUUGGACCCUCUGGACUUUGCUUUGUAUGUGAGCCGGAACGUGGCCUAUCUGUACUGUUGCAUCAGUCCUGUGUUUUACACCUUUGUGGGCAAGAAAUUCCAAAGUCACUUUAUGAGGCUGGUGGCGAAGAAGAUUCCCUGUCUGAAGAAACACAUCAGCGUGAGCAGCCAGAGCACCAGGACCACGUCACAGAAGACGCCCAUCUCACUUUAUGAGAAUUAGUGUGUCACACACACACACACACACACACACACACACACACACACACACACACACACACACACACACACACACACACACACACACACACACACACACACACACACACAUCAUCUUGGUUCCCAAACUUUUUUUUUCUUUUACACUUUACUAUCUUCUUUCUACACUUCUAUUGUCAUGAAGUAUUAUUUUGCUCCUUCAUGUCUAGAUGCAUCCAGUCAUAGUAGUUACGUGUUAAGAGAGAGAAUGUGUCCACAUAAAGACAAAGCCAAGAAAGUGAAAAGAAUGUAGCAGCAGUUGAACCUGGGGCUGAUUACAGCUGAAUCCAUGAUGGAUGACACAUUCAUUUCACUGUAAAGUUCACCUUGAAUUGUAGUUUUGUACAAAUAAGAGCCAGUGUUAUAAGUGAAUGUUGUAGUAGAUACUGUAUAUGGGGAGUGGUUGUAGUGCAGUCGGUAGGGAGGUCGUCUUCUACCUGCAAGGUUAGGGGUUUGGGCCCUCACCAUGGUCCAUAUGUAGUGUAGUGUAAAGAGCUUUGAAUCCUGGAACUGUGGUUAAUGUGCUGUAUAAAUACAAAUUAUUUACCAUAUAGCUCAAAACUGGGCAAAUAUAACAUUACAAUUAUAGGAAAGUUUAUUACUCUGCUUUGUUGUUUCGCGUUUUUCAUCUCAUGCUUGUUUAAGCAACAGAUUUACUCAUCACUUGUUAUUGAUCAUAUCUACAAGUAAUAGAAUGAAAUCAAAGCUCCUUGUUUUCUAAUGGCACUCUGAAAAGUCACCAGCUCAGAGCUGAACUGAUCGUGUACAGUAUAUUGACUGAUAAUGAUUGUAAUAAAAUGAGUUUUCAAUAAACACAACAAACUGACA